AUGCCAAGACGCAGUGAACGACUUGUUUCCAGUGGGUAUUACUCAAAUGCCAGCUCUGAGACCAGCACCAGCUCCACUGGAUCCACUGGCCUAACGUCUUACAGGAAAAGCCCACUGAGACGCACUGUCACGAAGAAGACCACCCUCCUCUUCCUCCUCAUCUCUCUGGUGAUUUUUGGAAUAUGGUUCUGGUCCCCUUCUGUUUCUACACCCCUCACUCAAACCAAGGCCUCCAUCAGACCUGAUCAACACACCUCACAUAGGCUGGAAACUGACAUAGCGAGUCUGAGGGUGAACACAAAGAAGCAGCGGGAACAGGAGAUGGCUGAAAUGCAGGGUCUGAUUGGUGGUUUAAAAGAGCAUGUAUCCAGUCUCCAGUCGACCUCUGACCUGAUUGAGCAGAGAAUGGACACCCUGGAGAAACAGCAUGCUGAGAAUACCUCGAGACUGAAGCUGGAGCUGUGUGAUCGUCUGUUUAAGUUCCUUUCCUCAAGUGUCAGUCACCUGAAUGUGGUACUGCGCUCAGACCUCCAGGAGGAACUGGAGAACCUGGAGAAGAGAAUACUGGAGCGGCUUGGGCGGGACAGAGGAGAGCAGAGAACAGACGUCUGGAGAACUGUGGGAGAAAGUCUUGGGCAGGAAGGAGCGGGAGCCGUCACCAUACAGGACAUGGAGAAGAUUGUUCAGAGAGCCCUGAGUUUGUACAGAGGUGACGGGAUCGGGAUGGCGGACUACGCUUUGGAAUCUGCAGGUGCGAGUGUGAUAAACACGCGUUGUUCGGAGCCAUAUCAGACCAGGGCAGCGUACUUAAGCCUGUUUGGGUUCCCUGUGUUCUAUUGGUCAGAGAGCCCUCGUGUGGUUAUACAGCCUGAGGUGUCCCCUGGAAAAUACUGGGCUUUCCGUGGUUCCGAGGGAUUCGUAGGGAUUUCUCUCUCCUACCCGAUCCACAUCACUCACGUGACUCUGGAUCAUCUGCCCAGAGUCCUGUCCCCGACUGGACAGAUCGACAACGCUCCACAGGACUUUGCUGUUUAUGGUAUGUCCAGUGUGAAUGAAGCAGGAAAUCUUCUAGGAAAGUUCAGUUACGAUCAGGAGGGAGAGUCAGUUCAGACAUUCAAACUGCCAAAGUCUCCGGAGCAGAGGAUUUACAGGAUGGUGGAACUCCGUAUCCUAAACAACUGGGGUCACCCUGAGUACACCUGCGUGUACUGUUUUCGAGUUCACGGGGAACCACUGUCUGUGUGA